CAGCUGCAGCAUGGCUCCAGGGAGUUAAGGUUUUGUUAAAGUUUAGCUUUAGUACUUUAUUAGAUUAGAAAUCUCAAUCAAAAGUCGAUGUUAAGAGAGACAAUGAUUUAGAACGUGUGUCAUGGACUAAUCGACUUUCCGUAGAUUGUCCCACUGUCAUCAUUACACACAUCCUGGUGUCCCAGUGGUAGCAAAUAUUCAGCUAGCAGUGUUCUGCUAAAAUGUACGUCCUCUCGGUAUACAUAAUUUUACCUUGAAGGUAGGAUGUACUGAAUAAAAAGCUGCUUUGUGUUUUAAGAAACAGCAUAAUACAGUGUUCCAGAGUCUCCGCCCAUUUGUAGAGGUAAACAAAGGCUAUCCUCGUUAUCUAAGUGGUCGGGCUUGUACGCUGGAGCUAACGUCAUCUACUCGAUUCGACGUUUGUAAAUGGAAAUAAGUUUUAUUUCAAUAUGAAUUGUCGCUCGGAAGUGCUUGAGGUGACUGUAGAGGCGCGGCAGGUCGAGGAGGCUAUGCUGGCUUUGUUGCAUACCAUUUUACUGCACCGCAGCACCGGAAAGUUUCACUACAAAAAGGAGGGCACCUACUCCAUCGGUACUGUCGGUACACAGGACAUCGACUGCGAUUUCAUCGAUUUCUCCUUUGUCAGGGUGUCCUCAGAGGAGCUGGACAGGGUGAUCAGGAAAGCUGUGUCUGAAUUCAAGGAUGCUCUGAGCAACUCCGGCAGCGAUGGCAUGGGGCAGAUCUCCCUGGAGUUCUACCAGAAGAAGAAGUCUCGUUGGCCCUUCUCUGAUGAGUGCAUUCCCUGGGAAGUGUGGAGCAUCAAAGUUAAUGUUGUCAACCUGGCUAAUGAGCAGGAGAGACAGAUCUGCAGGGAGAAAGUGGGUGAAAAGCUGGGUGAGAAGGUGAUCAACGUUGUUGAGGUCAUAAACCGCCACGAAUACCUGCCAAAGAUGCCCACCCAGUCCGAAGUGGACAAUGUUUUUGACACAAGUCUUAAAGAUGUUCAGCCAUACCUUUACAAAAUCACUUACCAGAUCACUGACUCACUGGGUACCUCUGUAAGCACCACCAUGAGAAGGCUGAUAAAAGACACUCUGGCGCUGUGAGGAUCCUCUAAGACAAAAGAAAUGGAUGAUCUGGAUCGUCCAUUUUGCUCUAUAGAUGUCUUACAGCUUUUUUCUGUCCAGAAACCUGGUUUUUUCCCUCUGCUUGUGUAACCAGAGGCAGUGUCAGCUUAAUCGCUUCUAUGAUGUCUGCUAUGACUCCAUCUUAAUUAUGUUUUUAGUUUUUAAAACUAUUUGGUUGGUAAUAUUUUCAUUUAACAUCUAAAAAUGUGUUUUAUACAUAGUAAUAAAACCACACACUCUUUAGAUCCUGCUAUAGAAUAUGCUGCUGAUUAUGGCAUCUGUAAAUUAUUGUACAUUUUGACAAUACAUAUUGUUCAGUGUG